AUGGCUAGUUUCCAAGCACACUUAGCUGCCCGGUUUUCUCUCAAGAGUCUUGGUUUUGUUGGUUACUUUUUGGGGAUCGAGGUGCUUCCCUCUUCUACUGACUACUUAUUAUCCCAACAUAAAUAUGUCCUCGAUCUUCUUCAUCGCUACGACAUGGCCAACUCCGAUCCUGCUCCCACUCCGUUAUCUGCCACCGCCAAGCUGGUCCUCAAAGAUGGCUCUCCUCUGGCCGAUAUAACUCUCUACAAGCAGGUCAUUGGUUCUCUUCAAUAUAUUUUGUGUACCGGCCCUGACAUUGCAAGCGCCUUCUUCGAUAUCUUCGUGGUACUGCGUCCCUCAGUCUCAGCCUUUCUCCAGCCACCACUCCCACCAUUGUUGCCUUUGCAAAUUCUGGUUGGGCUAGUGAUCCCCGUGGAUUGCACCUCGAACAUGGCCCAUCUCAUCUCUUACGGCGGCAACCUUGUCUCAUGA